GAAAUGUGACAGAUUUGUCAAUAUAGUUUUUUUUAUGUUGAGUACUGUUUUUCCCAUUUUUGUAUGUUUUUUUAUUUAGCGUAUUAUUUUUAUAAUAUAACAUAUAUAAAAUUCGUGUUAACAUCUUUAAUCGAGUGAGGUCUCGGGAAAAAUGUCUCGCCUAUUUUCCAUCAUAUCGGAAAUCGCUCAGAUUCCGGAUACAGAAGGUCCAUCUACAAUCUCAGGAGAUGCCGAAGAGAGAAAAAUAGCCAGACGAGAAAGAAUAGAAAGAAGGAUCGCUGCCAUAAAAUUGCAGCAGAUUAAAGACAUGGGCGAAAUAAUAGAGGAAGAAAAACAUCCGGUAGAAAUGCAGAUAGAGAAGAGUGCUGAAAUUUUGGAGAAAUUUCUUCAAGAAUCGCAGGAGUCUUUGGAGAAUACUAGGGUCGCUAAUGAUUCUCGAGAGAUCAAUAGGAGAGAAGUUGAAACCGUUAGAAGGCAACAGGUGAUAGCACAGUUAGAAGCUGAAGCUGUAGAAGCACAUAAACAGUUUAAUGAAAUCGCAGGCAAAUGGUCUGGAAUUCAAGAUUACAAAGAUCCUUUGCAUAUUCACGAAGAUAUUCUGGAGCAGAAGAUGAAAUGCGAUGAACUGAUUCAACAGAAAGACGAAAUCAUCGAAAUGUUGAAGAACGAGCUGAGGAUAUCCGAGAGGAAAUUUACUAUGGAUCAAACGAAACAAAACCAAGAUAUCAGCAUUCUGGGACAAAGGAUUGAGAAGCAAAUCCAGUUGGUGAAAAGUGCUUACGCCCAAGAAUUUAAUUUGAUUGAGAAGGUAAUAACCGAAGAAAAGGAAAAAUAUAUCCAACGAAGUAACGAGAAUUGGGAGGAACUUGCCCAAAAAAGACAAAAAGAAGAAGUAGAAUUAUCUGAAUAUGUAUUUCAAAAACGAGAAGAUAUAGUCUAUAAUAUUGACCGGAUGGCCGUUUAUCACGAAGAUCAAUUCAGAGAGUCAAAAAUACAGUUAGAACUGGAUGUUCAGAAUGCUCAGAAUGAAUUCGAAAAAAUCAAAUGCCUGGUUCUGUCGAAUACGGAAAGAUUAGAUUAUAAUUACCAAAUAUUAAAACGGAGGGAAAACGAAAAUAUCAUCAUGAAAAGUCAACAAAAGAGGAGGAUAGGUAAAUUGCAGGAUACAAUUAGCGAAUUGAAAAGCUCUCUAGCUAAUUAUCGAGAAAACACUAACAAACAAAUCAAAAAAACGAGCGACAAUAUCUUAAAAAUGCAUCGAAGUAUAUUGGACAUCGACUCCAAAGCUGACCACUUCGCUUUAACCAAUGAAAAGAAGUUCAACGAGGUUUGGGACCUCAACAACAAAGAUUGCCUUGCGUUGCUGGAUAAAAUAACAGGUAUUGAUAAAAUAUUGUAUCAACAGCAAUUGGGUGCGCCAUGGAAUCCCCCCAAAUAUAAGAAAAUAGAUAAAAAGUUUAUGAGUAGCUACAACAGGGCGGUGGAUCUAACCAAUGAAUUUUCUGUGAGUUUAGCUGCUCUCUCGAAGCAUCGUGAAGAGACACAGAAUCUGUCGAUUGCCGAUAGCGAUGUUGAAUCGAAGAAUCCCACUUACAACAAUUUGGCCAAGCAUAUUUUAAACAAGCUGUCAACGAAAAGCGGAUUUUUGACGGAAAAAUGUCUGAAAAUGUUGAUAAAAACGUACGAAGAUAAGGAGCAAAACUUGGUGACGUUGAACAAUGUAUUUAUUGCUUUGGAUAUCAAACGACAACAAGAUAUAGACCUUAUGGUAGAAUUCUUUUUGCCGUAUUGUCACUGCACCGUCUGCGUGGAUACAGGGUCUCGUACUUCACUUUUAUCAACGUCAAUGCUGAGUCGCCGUUAUUCAACUUUAACUGGUGUUUCCACUUUAAAUGGUCAAACGGAUAUGGAACCCACCAGUUCCAUAACUGAACUAGAAGAAGCAUGCGUUGCAGUACAUCAACGUGGAUCCUUUGUAGAUGAUAUAGUUGCCCAGGUAGUGAAACAUGAGUCGACUUUUGAAGAUGACAGAUCUCUUAAAUUAGAAUUCAAGGAAUUCUCUGGUUAUGAUGAUGACGAAUUCUCUUGUUAUGAUCCACAAAAAGAUGCAGACGUAAAAAAAUCUUCUCGAAAAAGGGCACGACAAAAAGAAAGUGUUAAACAGAUUUUAUGCCAAAAGAGUCAUCCACUCGUAAUGAGCACAGUAUACGUUAUUUCGGCCCUGAAAGAUUUUGUUUCUAAUUAUUAUAAACAGAAUGGCUCCAGUCCAACUGUAGGUGAAAGAUUAGAACGAAAAAGACACACAAUAUCAAGACUACUAGAUGAAAAAGAUAUACAGAAGUACUGGAAAGAACUGAAAAACGUUUACAACGAAGAUAACACUCGAGUAUGGGACGGUCUUCGCGAAGGCCUUAUGAAAUACAUCAGCGUCUUAAAAGCGCGAAAAGCUACUAGCGAAGAAGUAUUAAAGUUAAGAAAGAGGAAUAAACACCUUAAGAAGCUUUUGGCGGAAUAUAUCGACCAUGGGGUGUUGUUAAAGCCACCUCCCUGCUACGUGAAACCCGACAUUACGCCUCACUAUUCAAUAUCGCCUUCUAACGGCAACGAAUAAAAAAUAAGCACUAAA